UUUGUCGCGAAAGAUGGAUUUUACACACAUAAGAUUACAUCAAAUACUUUUCUCGAUUUUGAAACCUCUUGUAUCGGAAUCGGCGAUUGAUCAUAACGUUAUUGUAGAUGAGGAGGAAGAAAGCGUGUAACCGAAAUACUUUUUUACAUGAAAAUUAAAUAUAUAAAAAUUAAAAAUUGUGUGUGCGUAUCUUUCGUAGUACCAUAUAAAUUUUAAAAUAAAGUCCGACUUUAAAUGUGUAAUAACGAUUACUGCAGCUUCUUUCUGCAAGUGAAUAAAAACUGAUGUUAUAUAGGAUUUGAAUAAAAAAAGUGAUUAAAUAUUAAGAUUUGUGGCUGUGAAAGUAAAAGUUUGAUGUUAAAUCAAAAUAAAUGUUAAAUAUGGAAGAGUACAAUUGAUACGUACAAUUUGAUAAUAAUUUCUAUUAAUUAUACAAAUUUAAUCGAUCGUACGAAAGAAAAGAUUUCAAAAAUGGAGUAUGUUUAUAAUCUUAUAACGCCACUCGAUGGAUCAUUACUUCAUAUGUCAAACGUCUUGGAUAAUUUUGAACAUAUAAAGUAUGGAAAAUUACUGCAAACUGAACUUCACCAUGAUGAACAGGAAAAUGACGUGCCGGUUGAUAACACGGCAGACGAUCAUGAUACAUAUUACUAUGCUAAUUGCGACUCUUCGGUGUGGAUGAGAAGCUGCCAAGAGGAAGUGAUCGAGCCCCUUCGAUCGACCGAAAUCACUGGCAGCAUCCCCGAGUGGUUGACAGGCACCCUGAUGCGGAAUGGUCCGGGUAAUCUGAAAGUGGGCGAAUACCAUUAUCAGCAUCUGUUCGACAGUUCAGCCCUAUUGCAUAAAUUUCAUAUCGCGAACGGAAAUGUCACCUAUCAACGACGGUUCGUCCAAACCGAAGUAUAUAAAAGAAAUAUGGCUGCACAGAGAAUAGUUUUUACUGAGUUCGGUACUUGCGCGACGCCGGAUCCUUGUCACAGUAUUUUUCGAAGAGUAGCCGCUGUAUUCAAAUCAGAUGAUGAGAUAUCGGACAAUUCCAUGAUUUCGGUAUAUCCCUUCGGUGAUGAAUAUUACACGUUCGCGGAAGCAGCACCAGUGAUGCACAGAAUUGAUCCAAAGACUUUAGAAACAAUGGACAGGGUAAACAUAUCGAAAUAUGUUAAUAUUGUAAAUCAUACUUCACAUCCUCAUAUUAUGGCUGAUGGUAGAGUUUAUAAUGUAGGAAUGAAUAUAACUCCAUUUGGACCUCGAUACAAUGUCGUAUGCUUCUAUCCUAAUCGCAUCAGUACUGACGAUUCCGGAGAGGAGAGAGAAUUGUCCAUGUUCGAUCAAGCAACAAUCGUGGCUAGUGUACCAAGCAGAUGGUUAUUGAAUCCAUCGUACAUGCACACUUUUGGCAUCACCGACAACUACUUCAUCAUUGUGGAACAACCACUGGCUAUCUCCUUUAUCAGAAUGAUGUUCACUCAUUUAAAAAAAGAACCGAUAAUAAAUAGUUUCAAAUGGCACGAGAAUGAAAGCACGCUUAUUUAUAUUAUCUCGAGAAAAACGGGUCAACUAGUGAGAACUUUCGUCGCAGAGACAUUUUUUUAUCUUCACAUAAUCAAUCAGUUCGAAACCCGCGAUGGGGAAUACAUUGUGCUCGACAUAUGCUGUUAUCGGGAUCCGAAGAUGUUGGAGUAUAUGUAUAUUGAUGCAAUGAAGAACAUGCACGGAGACGCCGAUUUCGGCAGAUUGUUUCGCGCCAGACCGCUGCGUUUCAUACUUCCGAUGAGAGAAGUGCAUUCUGACACAACAUCGGACUACAAUCUCAUUACAAUUAAAACGGUGUAUCAGAAUUUACAGUUAUUCCAGGAUAUAAGUAGUAUCGAUCAUAACACAAACCUCGAGAUCGUUGAUGAUGCAGACAACAUCGAGAAUAGUAACAAAUCCAGAUACUGGCGAGAUGAGCACAGAAGUGCUCUACGAAAGAAGCCAGUUGCUCACCUUCUUCUCGAUGGCAAGAUCUUUGUAAAGCCGGAACUUCUUUGUGACGUAGGUUGCGAAACUCCGCGAAUUAAUGCGGAUUUUUAUCUUGGUAAAGAGUACCGGUACUUUUACGCGAUCUCCUGUGACAUGGACAUGGACAAUCCUGGAACGCUAAUAAAGGUCGAUACUUUCCAAAAGACCAAGAGAAUGUGGCAGGAAAAGGGUGUUUAUCCAAGCGAACCAAUUUUCGUGCCGAAUCCAAACGGAAAGAACGAGGAUGACGGUGUGGUUGUAAGCUCUAUGGUAUGGGCGGAAAAAGAGACUCGCGUCGGUCUGUUAAUCUUGGAUGCUGUGACAUUUACGGAAAUCGCGAGAGUUACUUUCGAUACACCUGGACCAGUGCCUAAAUGUUUGCACGGUUGGUUCAGUCUAGAUAAGUAAUCGAAUAUAAAAAAAAUCAUUCGAUUAGACACAUAGAAUGUUGUUUAAUUAAAAGACUCCGGAAAUAAUCAAAUUUUCUAUCAUUAUUAAAGUAUUGAAAGUCGUGGCAAAUUGUUUUUAUUUGUAAAUGUGAUUAUCUUUUCGAGAAUAAGAUAAAAUGGGUAUCAAAUAUAUAAUGUAUGUGAAGAAUAUAAUAAGAAUAAUAAUAUGUAAGUGAUAUGAAAAUUAUUAUGUAUCGUAAAUCAAGAGACACGGUAGUGUCUUGUGCUAAGUCCCGCGUAAACAACAAGACACUCCCUUACAAAGUUACUUGUAUCUCCUUGAAUAAUCUCCUUGAAGACUCUUGAUCUCUAUCUUUCCUUCUAAUGAAUCGAAUUUAAAUUGUUAAUUGAAGUGAUUUGCCUUCUAUAUUUGUAUAA